UUUGACACUAUUUGACAGCUGAUGAUCAUCUGUUAUAUAUUUAUUUUUCUCGCUAAGGUUAAAAUCUUAGUAAGAAAUAUAAUAAAUAAUACCGCAACUUGCAACAAUAUAACAAUGUUGAAACUGAUAUUAAGUGGCAAAAAAUACAACACUUUAAGUAGAUUUUGUUCAACUGCAAAAGAUAAUAGCCUCACUGAUAGUCAGGCAAACCACAGUCCCUGUGUAUACGAAACAGUAUUUUCAUUUCCUUUUGUUAGGUAUAUUGCAGCCUUUAACAGACUUAAAGUGUAUCAUCUAACAGGAACAUCACUAGCCGUGCCCGGUUGUGGAUUAAUGGAAAUUUUUGAGGUUCUACCACGAGGUGCUUUCCUAUCAGCGGCAUACAUAGGUAUUACUGGUUUAGCAGUCCUUUCUGUGGCAAGCGCUCCAUUCCAGAACAUUAUUGGAUAUUUGUAUAUAAGAGCAGAUGAUAAAAAAAUUAAGAUAUCUUCAGUUGAUUUCUGGGGAAAGAGAAAAGAUAAAAUAGUGACAGUGGAUGAUUGGUUUCCAUUGCUGGAUAUGAGCCCAAAAUUUACAGAUGCUCUAUAUUUAUCACCACAACUGGCAGACGGGACUAAGUACAAAUUAUUUGUUAAGUAUGGCAAUGUCUUAAAUUCAAAAAAAAUGGGACAGGUAUUGGAGUAAUCCUUUGUAUGGAAUGACUAGGAGAAGGAAAAUUAAAACUACUAAGUCAUAAUGUUACCAAUCUACUUCUUAAACAUACAGUAGUAUUGAGAACCAAAUCUUAUAAAUAGGUGAAUUUAAUCAAAUAAUUGUUAAACAUUUGCAAGUGAUGUUGAUUAAAAUUUCAAACAAUUUGAUUUGUGAAUAGAAAAUACUUUCAGUUGUAUUUUAUUAUUUGUUGUGUAGUUAUUCAAAUAAUUAUAAGUUAAAUUAAUAAAAA